CGAUGGCGGCGCGGCCCGCGCUGCUGCUGCUGCUGCUGGCGGCGGCGGCGGGCCCGGCCCGCGGCUCGCAGGGGGACCGGGAGCCGCUGUACCGGGAGUGCCUGAGCCGCUGCGAGCGGCAGAACUGCUCCGGGGCCGCCCUGCGGCACUUCCGGGACCGCCAGCCGCUCUACAUGGGCCUGACAGGUUGGACGUGCCGGGACGACUGUCAGUACGAGUGCAUGUGGCUCACGGUGCGGCUCUACCAGCGCGGGGGGCACCGGGUGCCGCAGUUCCACGGCAAGUGGCCGUUCCGGCGGUUCCUGUGUUUCCAGGAGCCCGCCUCCGCCCUCGCCUCCUUCCUGAACGGCCUGGCCAGCCUGGUGAUGCUGCGGCGCUACCGCGCGGCCGUGCCCCCCGCCGCGCCCACCUACGGGACCUGCACCGCCUUCGCCGGG